UCUGCCUCUGAGCAGACCUGCUGAAUUGGGCCCAGAAGUUUGAAGCAUGUGGAAGGCCUAGGCAGGGGGAUUCGGGCCCCGUCAAUUCAGCUACAAAUGUAACACAAAUAAGGAUGAGGGGUCGAGUCUCAAACCCUCCAGCUCCGUGACCCAUGUGCGGAACUGGGGCUGCAGCCUCGAACAAGCUACGAUGACAGGGAAGGUUCCCUUGUUCUCCCCCGGCUCCACUGUGAGGUCCGCUCUGCCCGGCUACGUCGCUCUCUUCCUCGCUCUACAGGUUCACGGACUGGUAUCAGCACAGUUCACAGUGACUGGACCUGACCAUCCAAUCACUGCCUCCCUAGGGGGGGAGGCCGUCCUGCCCUGCCACCUCUCCCCCAGGAUGAGCGCUGAGAACAUGGAGGUGAGAUGGUUCCGAUCCAAGUACUCGCCAGUUGUGCACCUGUACCAUGAUGGGCAGGAUCAGUAUGGAGAGCAGAUGCCGGAAUAUCGAGGAAGAACUGAGCUCUUGAAAGACGACAUCACCACUGGGAGAGUUUCCCUGAGAAUACGUGAUAUCCGACCCUCCGAUGAUGGACAGUACCGGUGUUUUUUUCAGUCCAGUGUCUCUUACAAAGAAGCUUUAUUGGAACUGCAGGUGGCAGAACAAGCUACGAUGACAGGGAAGGUUCCCUUGUUCUCCCCCGGCUCCACUGUGAGGUCCGCUCUGCCCGGCUACGUCGCUCUCUUCCUCGCUCUACAGGUUCACGGACUGGUAUCAGCACAGUUCACAGUGACUGGACCUGACCAUCCAAUCACUGCCUCCCUAGGGGGGGAGGCCGUCCUGCCCUGCCACCUCUCCCCCAGGAUGAGCGCUGAGAACAUGGAGGUGAGAUGGUUCCGAUCCAAGUACUCGCCAGUUGUGCACCUGUACCAUGAUGGGCAGGAUCAGUAUGGAGAGCAGAUGCCGGAAUAUCGAGGAAGAACUGAGCUCUUGAAAGACGACAUCACCACUGGGAGAGUUUCCCUGAGAAUACGUGAUAUCCGACCCUCCGAUGAUGGACAGUACCGGUGUUUUUUUCAGUCCAGUGUCUCUUACAAAGAAGCUUUAUUGGAACUGCAGGUGGCAGAACAAGCUACGAUGACAGGGAAGGUUCCCUUGUUCUCCCCCGGCUCCACUGUGAGGUCCGCUCUGCCCGGCUACGUCGCUCUCUUCCUCGCUCUACAGGUUCACGGACUGGUAUCAGCACAGUUCACAGUGACUGGACCUGACCAUCCAAUCACUGCCUCCCUAGGGGGGGAGGCCGUCCUGCCCUGCCACCUCUCCCCCAGGAUGAGCGCUGAGAACAUGGAGGUGAGAUGGUUCCGAUCCAAGUACUCGCCAGUUGUGCACCUGUACCAUGAUGGGCAGGAUCAGUAUGGAGAGCAGAUGCCGGAAUAUCGAGGAAGAACUGAGCUCUUGAAAGACGACAUCACCACUGGGAGAGUUUCCCUGAGAAUACGUGAUAUCCGACCCUCCGAUGAUGGACAGUACCGGUGUUUUUUUCAGUCCAGUGUCUCUUACAAAGAAGCUUUAUUGGAACUGCAGGUGGCAGAUUUGGGCUCUGCUCCUGUCAUCUCUGUGGAGGGACAUCAAGAUGGAGGGAUCCGGGUUAUAUGUCAAUCAGCCGGAUGGUACCCAAAGCCCGAGGUGCUGUUGAGAGAUCUCCAGGGUCAGAACUUACCAUCAUCCUCUAAAAACAUAUCCCAAGAGGCCAAUGACCUGUUUCAAACAGUGGUUGCCACUGUUAUAACAGAAGAAUCCAACCAGAAAGUGUCCUGCUGUGUCAGGAACCCGCGACUCAACCAGGAGAGAGAGUCAGUGAUUUCCAUAACAGAGAUGUUUUUCCCCAGGGCCAAUCCCUGGAUGGUGGCUCUGUGGGUGAUCCUGGCUCUCCUGGCUGUUCUCCUUCCCCUGGCUGGUUACGGCUUCUGGAGGCAACACAGAGCGAAAGCUGCACAUCUUGCUGAGAAAGAAAAGCUGCAAUCUCAACUGGAGAGCGAGAAAGUGGCGCAUCGUGCAGAGAAAGACAAACUCCAGGCUGAGCUCAGGUGGAGAAGCGCCCAGCUCUACGCAGUGGACGUGACUCUGGAUCCAGACACGGCAAAUCCCUGGCUCGACCUGUCUAAGGAUCAGAAACGUGUGAGACAUGGAGACAAACGCCAGGAUCUGCCUAACAACCCUGAGAGAUUUGAUUAUUGUUACUGUGUUCUGGGCGCUGAGGGGUUCGCGGGUGGGAGGCAUUACUGGGAGGUGGAGGUGGAAGACAAGCCUGAGUGGGACCUGGGGGUUUGUAGGGAAUCUGUGAGCAGGAAGGGGACGGUCACACUCUCACCUGGGAAUGGAUACUGGGUCAUGCGGCUGUGGCAGGGGGAAUACAAGGCCUUCACCUCCCCACUGACCCCCAUCCCCAUGAGUGUCAGGCCCAGCCGGGUGGGGAUUUUCCUGGACUAUGAGGCGGGUGAGGUCUCGUUUUACAAUGUAACUGACAGGUCCCAUCUCUUCACUUUCACUGACACCUUCUCUGGGACGCUCCGCCCUUAUUUCAAUCCUGGUUUCAGAGCUGGCGGUACAAACGCGGCUCCCCUGAUAAUCUGCCCAGUCCCAGCUCAGGCCGGAGGGAAUCUCUGUCCCUGACAGUGACCCCGCGGCACAGACUGGCCCCUCCCAGCCCUGCUGCUCUUCCCACCCCCAGUGGUGGGGGCCAGUUACUGCAGCAACUGGACUUUCUGUGCAGCCCUCACGUUGCCACGGUAGCAGAUGGUGGUGGACGGGGUCAUUCACUCCGGUCAGAAUUUUCUACCCCUGUGAAAUCUCAGUGUAAAAUAUGAAAGAAAAAAGAUUAUUUUAAUUUAGAAAAUAUUAUUGUAACAAGGUGUAAAUACAAGAAUAUUUUAAUUUACAUUUCAACAGUAUUUCAAAAACAAGCAUCUAAACAUAUUUUUAGAAAUGGAAUUAUUUACAUUUAUUUUUAUUUUCCCCUCAAAUCUAUAUUGACGUUUAAUAUCUCUAAAUAACAUCAUUUGUAUUUCAGCUGGAAUUUCAAGAAAUCCAAAAUAUUUAUCCUAACAAAAUAAACUAUUAAAUUGUCAGACUGGGUUGUUCAGUUACUAUGUACAUGUGUCAUAAACAUCACAACUACACACAUGUGCAGCUGCUCUCUCUCUCUUUCCCCUUCUCUUUAUUGUCUUGACUGGUUCUCUCUGGAAGGCAGGGCACAUACACCCACCUCCUGCACUACACCUUUAACAAUUAAUAGUUGAACAAAUGAUAACUUAAAUAUAUUGCAUAAUUAAUUCUAACUCACACAAGAUUAUAUAAUGUUCUUUGAACUUCUGUCAGCAUUAAUUCAUGUGAUUUUUAACUUUCUAGCUACAUGUAAUUGGUAAUCAAAAUAUGACCCUUCCUUUCCUUUUCUCACACCAAUUAACAAAACAUGGUCCCCAACCUCAAAUACUCUCUUCCUAUCGAUAGAAAUCUCUCCUACAAUCUCCAUUUUUUAGUUUAUUUUUCUUUAGACAUAUUAUUUGCAGGCAAUCUAUUGUCAGUGUGUACUAUUGAUUGCAAUGUACUGCCGGGCUCUUCGUGUUCUUGCUUAUAAGGACACAACAAAUGUAGUUUGAUAAAGAAAUAGAGAAGGGUUGUAUUCCUUUACUGAAUCUUCACAAAUUAACUUAAUUGUAUUAAAGAUGCUGGCACUUAGUGACACAUAACAUGAAAUUUGGUGAAGCUUUUUGGCAAACCUCAUCCACAAAUAAGUUGAAAGGGUGAUAUUUUUGUUGUCAUGUGAGGUUUAGAGUACCAAAAAAAGAAAGUUGCUCCAGGAAAUUCUUCACAAUUCCUCUGGUUUCUGUCCACCACCUUCUGGAAUUCUCUGUAAAAAUAGUGACCAAUUGAUCUAAUUCCUUGAAAUUAGUGAUUGAGCCUAAUUUCUUGAAGUGCUACUGAGCAGAGUAUGAGGGGAGGCACAUUGCAUGGCAUUGCUAAGACUACUUUUUGUUUUAACCAUGAUGUGUGAUGAACAUUUUCAAUGUAAUUCAGUUUUGAAGAUUUAUUCACAAUAUGCAGUGUGCCCUAAACUUACCUUGAUUAUUUGAAAAUAAAUACCCUAAAAUUAUCUUUUGAUGGAUUAAUUUGUGCUUUUUAUCCAGUCUGCUGGUGUCUAGGUGCCAUGGGCUCCUGAAGCUAUUUGUUCUUCCUAGUUUUUAACACAGGGAAAUUUUAAUCUAAAAAUAGAUCAUUUU